UAUUACACACGACACACGUAAUAAAUAAUGUAAUUGGUGAUAUGAUUUCGCAUCUUUAUCACUCUCGCAUGACCAUAGUACAUUAUGUUCACUUUACACCUCCUUACGGCUACUCAAAUGUUUCAUAUAUACAUUGUACAUAUAAUACAUUUAAACUGUUGCCAACAAAAGAUGUUAAUUCGAAGCAGUACUCGGAGUGGUUAGAAAGUGUCGGCACUCUUAAUUACGACCUACAAAACUAAAGCAGACCUGGUACACAUUAAAAUGUAUUGUUACUCCCAGAACUGCAGAAUAGCGUCUAACAAGUUGUCACGGCCCUGUUUCAAAUAACAAGAAGGGCAGUUAUUAUUAUUAUUAUUAUUUUUAAAUCUGUUCACUUCUGGGAUACAGUGUUAUUCUAUUAUGGGCUGUGGUAAAUCUGUGUAAACUCUUCCGUACUAAAUUGCGCCCUUCGAUGUGCUUCUCUGAUGCUGUUCUCGCGUCAAAAUGCCCUCUCGCUUUAUAAGUAUAUACGUACUGUAAUUAAAUAUUGAUUUAUGAGGUGCCGGGGGGUUAAAUAUCACCCCCCCACCACCACCAUCACCACCACCACCACCACCACAAUCACAAUGGCGGCUUUUGACGUCCAGGACUUGGCGGAAAGUCGAGCUUCACUGAGGAGGAUUAAUUCCCCCCAGUCUCAUGACUGGACAUUCUGAGCCCAUAGCGUGAGCGAGCUGAGAGCCGGGGACGAUGAAUAAACUCACACUUGUACAUAAACGGAAGAAAAGGAGGGAAAUCUUGUGUUACGUUUUCGCCUUUGUCGUGCUUCUCUACUGCACUGUGCACGCGGCGUUCGGGCUCGCGGUCGCUUCCCAGGAAAGAGGAGCCGCGAGGACCCGCCGGGAUGUCGGCAAUGAGACCCAGUGUGUUGCCCCGCGAUCCUCGGAAUUUCCAGACGGCUUUUUCUCGGAGCAGGAAAGGAAGGACGGCGGGAUUGUGAUCUAUUUUAUGAUUAUUUUCUACAUGCUCUUGGCAGUGUCCAUUGUGUGCGACGAUUAUUUCUUACCGUCUCUCGAAGUUAUUAGCGAACGACUCGGGCUUUCUCAGGAUGUUGCCGGUGCGACUUUCAUGGCAGCAGGCAGCUCCGCUCCGGAAUUAGUCACAGCCUUUCUGGGUGUUUUUGUCACAAAGGGAGACAUCGGUGUCAGUACCAUUGUUGGAUCUGCGGUCUAUAACCUCCUUGGGAUCUGUGCUGCCUGUGGACUUUUGGCCUCAGUGGCAGGACGACUUACCUGUUGGCCGUUAUUCAGAGACUGUGUGGCCUAUGCAAUAAGUGUCGCAGCUGUAAUCGGAAUUAUCUCCGAUAACAAAGUUUACUGGUAUGACGCAGCCUGCCUGCUCCUUGUGUAUGGGGUGUACAUCGUGGUGCUUUGCUUUGACAUUCGGAUCAGCGAGUACAUGAUAAAGAAGUUCAGCCCUUGCUGCACCUGCCUGACCAAGGACCUGGAAGACAGCUGUGAGCAGCAGCCUCUCAUCGGCUGGAAUGAGAGCGGAAGCCUCCUGGUUCCCAGACGGUCCAGGGCUGACAGUGGAAUCUUCCAAGAUGACUCGGGCUAUUCCCACCUCUCUCUUAGCCUACAUGGGCUGAGCGAGGUCCAGGAUGAUCACCAAGGUGUGUUCACGAUGCCAGAAAAUGACCUGAAGAGAAUCCUUUGGGUGCUCUCCUUGCCAGCCAUCCUGCUGCUGUACUUGACAGUUCCAGACUGCAGAAGGCGCUUCUGGAAGAGAUGCUUCAUGAUAACUUUUUUCAUGUCCGCUGUGUGGAUCUCUGCUUUCACUUACGUACUGGUGUGGAUGGCCACGGUAGUGGGCGAAACCCUACAAGUACCCGAUACGGUGAUGGGUCUCACUGUACUGGCAGCUGGAACCAGCAUUCCCGACACAGUGGCCAGUGUUAUGGUGGCUAGAGAAGGGAAAGGAGACAUGGCAAUGUCCAACAUUGUUGGAUCGAAUGUGUUUGACAUGCUGUGCCUUGGCCUGCCGUGGUUCAUAAAGACCGUGUUUGUGGAUACAUCCGCCCCUGUGGAGGUGAACAGCACAGGCAUGAUAUAUACAGCCUCGACUCUCCUUCUCUCCAUCGUCAUCCUAUUUGUGGCUGUGCAUCUGAACAAGUGGAAGCUGGACUGGAAGCUUGGCAUAACAUGCCUGUGCUUCUACGUUCUCUUUGCAGUUUUAUCCAUACUGUAUGAGCUCGGGAUCAUUGGCGAUAGCCCAAUUAGAGCAUGCAGUGACUGACUUCUACAGCCAAACUUCACCCAACUGCAUUACUUGAACUCAGGAAGUAACUGUUGCAUUAAAACAUGCAAGACCACUUUUCUUUACGUGAUGCAUUCUCAAGCUUCAUUUGUAAAGUGUUUUAAACCAGCAAUGUAACAACGGGAAAGACCUCGGAAGCCUGAAAACUGCAUCACUGAAACAUUUUAUUCAAGGUUUCUAGAAAAUUCACUUCACUUACGCAGAACUUCAGAUAGGGUUAUUUUAACUUCAUUCAAGCUAGCAGCUACAUUUAAAAGGACAGGAUGUGAGAUAAGGAGCAUUGACUCAGUUUUAGAAGUCAAGUUACGGAUUUCAAAGUUAAUAUUUUCCACUGUAUUUGUAAUAGCAUUUUUGUCUGUUUUGUAAAAUAGUUUUUUUAGCAAAGCAAAAU